AUGCUUGGACUCUGGCAGUCCAGGAUGUCGGCGUUGGCCUUUGCGGUCUCGCUGAGUUGUCUCAUUCCCGCUGUUCUGGGCUUGAGAGUCACAUCUGGCUCCUCAUGUACGGACAGCUGUAAUAAAUGGGGGUCGGCGACAAACACGACCGUGGACGAGAUCUCGUGCGUGGACGCUGCGUACAACAGCACAGCGAAGGGCAAGGACUUCAAAGAAUGCAUUUCCUGCGAAUUAGAAAGUACCUUUGAGGAUGAUACGACCGGAGAAACUGAUGUGAACUGGGGUCUUUACAACUUGCGGUUUGCAGUCUCGACCUGUGUUUUCGGAUACCCCGAGAGUAUCUCCAAUGUCUCUUCCCCAUGUCCAGUAGCAUGCGGGACUGUCCAAGAUGCCGUGGAGUUUGAGAUUAACGACCCAACUGUCGAUAACUUGGGUGCAUGGUGUGAUACAGCGUCCUUCGCAGACAAUGUGAUCAACACGUGCGAGUUCUGCUACAAUCUCACAACCAACCAACUCUACCUGGCAAACUUCCUCGAAUCCAUCCGAUACAACUGCCACUUCCCAACAACCAGCGGCGAUGAAUUCGACAUCUCCCCAACGAGAAUCUUUGUAGAAUCUCUCCUCCCUUCAAGCCUAUCCCUCACAACUCCCGGCUCGAGCUCCUCUCACGUAAACCUGGGCCUGGUGAUCGCGCUCCCCGUACUAGCCUUCAUCAUCAUCUGUCUCGGUAUCGGAACAUGCUGCUACUUCUACAUCCGUUACCGUAGAAAGCGCACCCGCCAGAGCAGGUACCAGGAUCACCUAUAUGCUCGCUGGAACGAUACCACCAUCACCACACCCAAGCAGGGAGAGUGGCACCAGCAGCAAGCGUAUUCUGACUACCAGUUGUUUGCUCAGACACACGCUGCCGGGUACGGACAACAUAAUGGCUUCAAUGAGCAGUAUGGCCAGGCUCAUGAGAUGUAUGGUAUUCAUACCAACAAGCAGGAUAUUCAGCAGCAGGCCACUGAGAUAACUCCUGCUCAGGGUGAUCAGGCUCCUCAUGCUUUUGGCACGGACCAGAAGCAUGCUCUGUGA